AGCCACUUGGGGCGGGGCUACCGCAUCCGAGCCCUGUAGGUGCGCGGUGGUCCCUCUCUCGGAAUCCGGGAAGCCCCAGGCCGGGUGCGGAGCUUGGAAAACCGACGGCGCCAGGCGGGACGUGCCCAGCCGCGGCCCUGGCAAAGGCGGCGGGAACACGAGCCGCACGCCGGCUCUGACGCGAACAGCAAGGUGACCUUAGCUGGUGGCUCCCUUUCCCGCCGCGUCAGUUUGCGCCCCUGUAACUCAAGGAAGGAGCGGAGGUCCCGCGCCUCCAGGGGAGGUUGGAAGGAGAACGCCACCCCCUCGAUUGCCCCCUAGCGGUGCGUGGGCUUUGGGCUGGGCUUUGGGCGGGGAGUGGGGUGAGGGCGCUCGCUGGGCGCCGCGUGGGUGGAGGUGAAGCGCAGGCGGCUCUCAAAGACCCUCCGGUUCUUCCGUUUCGCACGACUCCCCGGCUCGAUACGAUACCUACGCGCACGCCGCCCGAAAACCUUGGCACCAGCCGCACUCUCCCCCGCAGGAACAGCCAGCCCGCGCCCAGCUAGUUUGCCUAAUCCGUCCAAACCUCACCUCCUCCGCGAAGCCCUCCCGGAUUAACCCCAUCACUUCUAACCACUCUAUCUGGCACAUGCUCUGUUUUUGUUUUUGGAAGUGCACACGUGGUCUCAUUGUUUGGAAUAACAGAGUCCCAACAUUCAGGAGCCCGGUGUGUUCUGCAGGGUGCGGUUGAUGGGUUUCUUGCCGCGGCUUACUAACCACUCCCGCCCUCCACGUUUCCCAUGCGGGCUUCCCUCUUCCGCCUCCUCAUACGGAUCCUCCGCGGUAACAGAAUCGCAGCUUGGAGUGCACAGUCCAAUCACCACCCACCUUUCAAUCCACACGACAGCAGGUGUGAGGGCAGAGCGCACUGAGCCUUUGAGGCUUCAGCUCCAGGUGGGCCACCCACUUUGCGGUAAGUCACUCCUUAUCCCGGGCCCAGUUCAAGGGAGGCAAUGCCCGGAAGGCGCUACCGGUUUGAGGUAAGGAGCCACCUGCUGGCAAGCUGCCCGCAGCCUCCCUCCAGGAACCGCGUCUUGUGACCCCCGAGGGAGGGCGCACCCUCCUCCCUCCUUCAGCUGCUCCGGAAUCUGAGCGACGGGCCCGGCCUUCUCUCCAGUCACCAGUGCAGCGCCCCGGGUUCCAGCCCUUUAUUCACCGGCUCCAGGACCGGCUGGGACUCUUCUUUCUCUGGGACUCAGUUUACUCAUCCGAAAAAGAGGGUCUCUUCACAGAGCCCAUGGAGUCCACAGCUGAGGAGACAACUUUCCACUGCCACAGGGACCCCCUGCCACCGCCCGGCCUCACCCCUGAGAGGCUGCGGGCGCAGAGGCAGCUAUGCGUCGCCUGCGCUGUGUGCUGCGUCUUUAUGGCCGGGGAGGUGGUUGGUGGGUAUUUAGCACACAGCCUGGCCAUUAUGACCGACGCAGCCCACCUGCUGGCGGAUGUGGGCAGCAUGCUGGGCAGCCUCUUCUCUCUCUGGCUCUCUACCCGUCCAGCCACCCGCACCAUGACCUUUGGCUGGCAUCGCUCAGAGACUCUGGGGGCUUUGGCCUCUGUGAUCUCCCUCUGGAUGGUCACGGGCAUCCUCCUGUACCUGGCCUUCAUCCGCCUGCUGCACAGCGACUACCACAUCGAGGGGGGCGCCAUGCUGGUGACCGCGGGCAUCGCAGUCUGUGCCAAUCUGCUAAUGGCCUUUGUGCUGCACCAGGCUGGGCCCCAGCACAGCCAUGGGUCUAGGGGGGCUGAGUAUGCACCGCUGGAGGAGGGGCCUGGGGAGCAUCUGCCCCUGGGGAACACCAGUGUCCGGGCGGCCUUUGUGCAUGUACUGGGGGACCUCCUGCAGAGCCUUGGGGUGCUGGCUGCCUCCAUCCUCAUCUACUUCAAGCCUCAGUGCAAGGCAGCUGAUCCCAUCAGCACCUUUCUCUUCUCUAUCUGCGCCCUGGGGUCCUCGGCUCCCACCCUCCGAGAUGUUCUCCGUGUCCUCAUGGAAGGUGCCCCUCACAAUGUGGGCUUUGAGCCGGUGAGGGAUGCACUGCUGUCAGUGCCAGGAGUCCAAGCCACUCAUGAACUGCACAUGUGGUCCCUGACGCUCACGUACCACAUUGCCUCUGCACAUCUGGCCAUCGACUCCACUGCGGACCCAGAUGCUGUCCUGGCCGAAGCCACAUCCCGGCUCUACUCCCGAUUUGGAUUCUCCAGCUGUACCCUGCAGGUUGAGCAGUACCAGUCUGAGAUGGACCAGUGCCUGCGCUGCCAGGAGCCUCCCCAAGCCUGAGCUGGCCCUGCUCUCUGCCCACUGCCAGGCCCUGGCUCAGCCCUAGGCUCUCAGCUGGGCCCUUACCCCUUCCUCUCUCCCUCCUGCCACCUGCCAACUCCCCAGCCCCAAGCCCCAGUGGGCAAGACCAAAGUAAGGGGGGAGUGGGGUGGGAGUUGGGCUGACCAGGGAACCAGUGCAGUGGGGGGUGGGGGUCCCAGCUCCCCACGGUCUGGGGAGCCACGAGCAUCCUUUCCGUGCAGUUCAUUUGUCUGUGUGGCAGGCUGGCCGCUGGCUGGGGCAUCUGCCUGUCUGUGUGCUGUUGGUGUGCCUAGGCCUGGGGGAGGUCAUCAGGGGCCCCUCCCCACGUGGCCCUCGCUCUGUCUAUGCAGGAGCCCCAAAACUUGCACUUUGUCCGUGUGUUCUGGCCCUGUGGCUUUGUCUGUGUGUGCGUGUGUGUGUGUGUUUCUUGGUGCUGUGGCCUGUGUCUCUCUGUGCCUGUGUGGCUGCGCUAUGGUCUCUGAGUCUGCACCAUCCAUGUGUCCCUUUGGGGGUCUGUCUAUCCCUCUGUUGGUGCUGUGCCCUGGGCUUUCCCAGAGAGAGGGAGGAUCCACUGCAGCUCCACAAUAAACGUGUGUGUCACUGCA